AUGUAAUAAGCAAAUUACAUUUCCAAUCCUCCUGAAUACUUGUAGAAAAUGAAAAACCCUCAAAACACUCUACUUAUCGAGCUAGGCACCUUAGGCCUCCGACCUUACUUUAUCUCCCUACAAUAGGAAGGAACCAUUGAAAAUAACUUAGACCUCAAGAUCCAUUCCUUCUGA